AUGCUGGCUGGAGAAGCAUCUUCAAGGCAGUGGCUCUACUCUUUUCAGAGCACGUGGCGUAUGGCUUUGAAGCUGCUCGAGUUCUUGCAGGUGAUAUCACUCGAUGGUUUCAGCUGGAUGUCAGAUCUUGCUUAUGAUCUGCACAGACGAGCCUUCCGGAAGGACGGCCAAAGCGAAAGCGCAAUUUGGGCAUCUGUGGCCAGGGCUCCGCCGACCUUCAAGCUGGCUGGCCUUUCCGGCGCGUGGGCAGCUGGCGGCAAGAUGCGUGGCCCGGCACUGCGGCACGAUAUACCUGCAAAUCGAGUGGUAGAUGCUGCCGUCCGAGGUCGUCAGGACUCCAAGCCUUUUCGCAUGGUGGAAGUUGGCGUUUUCCAGGGCAACCUUUCGCGACACGUCUGGCGUCGAGCAGCACGCCGUCCAGGUACAUUUGAACUUCACCUCGUGGACCACUGGGGAGCUGCAGAUCAACCGAUGGGUGCUCGUAGCCAGGCCGUGGGAACCGGUUCGGACAUGGCGGGCCAAAGCAACCAUACCAGCAUGCGCUCGGUGUGGCGAUAUUUUGGGCGCAAUGGAGCUCGACGUGUGGAAGUUCCGCACUGGCUGGCUCCCUCCAAGGCUUGCGCUAUCUUGGCUGCUCAGCGAUUUGACGCCGAUGUGGCCUUCCACCGCAGCAGCAGCGUUGGCCCGUCCAGGUGCUUCCAGGAUGGCAGCUUAGAUCUUGUUUACAUUGAUGCAGAUCACAAGUGGUGGAGCGUGCUGCAGGAUUUGAGCGCGUGGUGGCCCAAAGUUCGGCCAGGCGGGCUCAUGAUGGGGCAUGACUUUCACUUCAACACGCUGAUGGAGCGUGAAGAGCUGGAUGUGGGCAGCAUCAAUGAUGUUCCAAUUGCCGUCGCCGCUUUUUUCCGGGCACCUUCGGAAGUGUUGCUACAUUCAGGCUUUGUGUGGUCAGUCCAAAAGCCUGAGGCUUCCGGCAUCAAUGCCUCGGAGGUUGCCCUGCAGCGACAGGAGCUGUGCGAUCUGCUGAGAAGGCGGCUGAAGCCCCACUUUAGCUUCGAGAUUUGCGAUCUGCGGAUGUGA